CUCUGCUUUAGCAUCGCCUCAAAGGAGAAAAAAAAACUCUCUUUAUCAUCUAAAUGUUUCAACUUACUUACUUCUCCAUUCAAACUCCAAACACCUCCUCCCUCCAAUGACUACUUCACCAAUCCGGGUUCGGAUCCGGACUCGGAUCCAUAUAUCCUUCAUCUUCCUCCUUACUCAUUUCUCUCUAUCAUCUUCAUCUUCACUCAAAACCGACUCAUUGUCUCUCCUCUCUUUCAAAACAAUGAUCCAAGAUGAUCCAAACAACAUCCUCUCAAACUGGACACCUCGUAAAUCCCCUUGUCAAUUCUCCGGCGUCACUUGUCUCGGUGGAAGAGUCUCUGAGAUUAAUCUCUCCGGUAGUGGUCUCUCCGGAACCGUCUCUUUCAAUGCUUUCACCUCUCUUGAUUCUCUCACAGUUCUUAAACUCUCUGAGAACUUUUUCGUUUUAAACUCAACCUCUCUUCUUCUUCUUCCCUUAAGCCUAACUCACCUCGAACUCUCUUCCUCCGGUUUAAUCGGAAUCCUCCCUGAAAACUUCUUCCCCAAAUACUCAAACCUUAUCUCCAUCACUCUCUCUUACAAUAACUUCACCGGAAAGUUACCUAAUGAUGUUUUCUUAGACAGCAAGAAACUUCAAACCCUUGAUCUUUCUUACAACAACAUAACCGGUUCAAUCUCCGGUUUAACCAUUCCUCUCUCCUCUUGCGUCUCCUUGUCCUAUCUCGACUUCUCCGGUAACAGUAUCUCCGGCUAUAUCCCUGACUCACUCAUCAACUGCACCGGCCUCAAAAGCUUGAACCUUUCUUACAACAACUUUGAUGGGCAGAUUCCAAAACCAUUCGGUGAGCUAAAACUCUUACAAAGUUUGGAUCUUUCUCAUAACAAACUCACCGGUUGGAUCCCGCCGGAGAUCGGAGACACUUGCCGGACAUUACAAAACCUCCGUCUUUCAAACAACAACGUCACCGGUGUGAUCCCUGAGUCGUUGUCUUCUUGUUCUUUGCUACAAAGUCUUGACCUUUCCAACAACAACAUCUCCGGUCCGUUUCCGAACACUAUCCUCCGAAGCUUCGGAUCUCUUCAGAUCUUGCUUCUCAGCAACAACUUAAUCUCCGGUGAGUUUCCGACUUCGAUAUCUUCUUGCAAAAGCUUGAGAAUCGCUGACUUCAGCUCCAAUCGAUUCUCCGGCGUGAUUCCGCCGGAUUUAUGUCCCGGAGCAGCUUCUUUAGAAGAGUUAAGACUCCCGGAUAAUCUCGUCACCGGAGAGAUUCCUCCGUCGAUAUCUCAAUGCUCGGAGCUUCGAACGAUCGAUCUCAGUCUCAACUAUCUCAACGGUACAAUCCCACCGGAGAUCGGAAACCUCCAGAAACUCGAGCAGUUCAUCGCUUGGUACAACAAUUUCGCCGGAACAAUCCCGCCGGAGAUCGGAAAACUACAAAACCUCAAAGAUCUGAUCCUCAACAACAAUCAACUCACCGGAGAAAUCCCACUGGAGUUUUUCAACUGCAGUAACAUCGAAUGGGUCUCAUUCACAAGCAACAGGUUAACCGGAGAAGUCCCAAAAGAUUUCGGAAUCCUUUCCCGGUUAGCCGUUCUUCAGCUCGGAAACAACAACUUCACCGGAGAGAUCCCAGCGGAGCUAGGGAAAUGCACAACUCUGGUUUGGCUUGAUCUCAAUACAAACCACUUAACCGGUGAAAUCCCACCCCGGUUAGGUCGUCAACCCGGUUCAAAAGCUCUUUCCGGUUUACUCUCUGGCAACACAAUGGCUUUCGUAAGAAACGUUGGGAACUCAUGUAAAGGUGUGGGAGGUUUGGUUGAGUUCUCAGGGAUCAGACCAGAGAGGCUUCUUCAGAUACCAUCUCUUAAAAGCUGUGACUUCACAAGAAUGUAUUCAGGUCCGAUUCUGAGUCUUUUCACAAGGUAUCAAACCAUUGAGUAUCUUGAUCUUUCUUACAACCAGCUACGAGGCAAGAUCCCAGAUGAGAUUGGAGAGAUGAUCGCUCUUCAAGUUCUUGAGCUUUCUCAUAAUCAACUCUCCGGCGAGAUUCCUGUUACGAUUGGUCACCUCAAGAACCUCGGUGUGUUCGAUGCUUCGGAUAACCGUUUGCAGGGUCAAAUCCCUGAGUCUUUCUCGAAUUUGUCUUUCUUGGUGCAGAUUGAUUUGUCUAAUAACGAGUUAACCGGUCCGAUUCCUCAGAGAGGUCAGCUUAGCACGCUUCCGGCGAGCCAGUACGCGGAUAAUCCUGGACUUUGUGGAGUACCUUUACCGGAAUGUAAGAACGGAAACAAUCAACUUCCAGCAGGAACAGAGGAAGUGAAACGUGCUAAACACGGAAGCAGGGCAGCUUCUUGGGCGAAUAGCAUUGUUUUGGGAGUUUUGAUUUCUGCUGCGUCGGUUUGUAUUUUGAUCGUUUGGGCGAUUGCGGUUCGUGCAAGGAAGAGAGACAUGGCCAACUAUUACGCUGGCAAAGGUUGUUGCGUGAAAGACCGGUUCAACCUUCCAUUAAAGAUAAAGAAGUACAGGAAUCCUCUAAUACUCGAAGAAGAGGUAACCAUGGAUGUGGAAACCGUGGCCGCGGAACUCGUGGUCGCGGACACCAUGGACGUGGCUAAUUGUCCUCUUGUGCUUAUCUAA